AUGAUAGAAGACCUUCAGAGAAGAGAACAGCCACAGAAACCACCUUAUUCGUACAUCGCUCUGAUAGCCAUGGCAGUUAAAGCAUCACCAGACAGGAAAGUGACAUUAAAUGGAAUCUAUCAAUUUAUCAUGGAACGAUUUCCUUAUUAUCAUGACAACAAACAAGGCUGGCAGAAUUCUAUCCGUCACAAUCUUAGUCUGAAUGACUGCUUCGUCAAAGUUCCUCGUGAAAAGGGAAAACCUGGAAAAGGAAAUUACUGGACCUUGGAUCCUAAUUGUGAAGAAAUGUUUGAAAACGGAAACUACAGACGUCGAAAACGUCGUGUUAAAGGUUUUCCUUGUGCAAAAGCGUACGAACAAACUUUUGUUUUAAUUCACAUGAAUUUUAUUCAUAUUAUUCUUACGAAAUAUAAAUUUAAAACAUUAUUUGCUUAA